AAUCCAUCACUCAAGAGCACGUGAAAUGCCAGGAAUUUCAAUCCACUUUUCGUGCUCUGCAAAGAAAAAGCCCGCAAAAAAAAAAAACAAAAGAAAUCUUACUUUUUUUAAUAAUUGAAUUGAAAUUAAUUACUACUUAUAAUAAUACUAUGUCCAUAAAUUGGUUGAGAGUUGUAUCCCCCUCUAUUGUGAAGCUACCUCCUCUUCUUCCAUUCAGUUACUCGUCUCCUUCUUCUUGUUCUUGUUUUUCUUCGGUGGUUGUGGCAAUGUCUUAUGAUAAGGAGCUGACUGCUGCCAAGAAAGCUGCCUCUCUCGCUGCUCGUCUCUGUCAGAAAGUGCAGAAGAGUUUGCUUCAAUCAGAUGUUCAAUCCAAAAAUGAUAGAAGUCCUGUAACAGUGGCUGACUAUGGCUCACAAGCACUGGUUAGUUUUGUGCUGCAGCAGGAAUUUCCUGCUGAAUUCUCAUUAGUUGGCGAGGAGGAUUCUAAAGAUCUUCGCAAGGAUGGUGCCCAGGAAUUAGUAGAGCGCAUUACAAAACUUGUGAACGAUUCUCUAGUUAGUGAUGGAUCAUACGGUGUUACUUUAUCCACAGAAGAUGUUCUCAAGGCCAUUGACAGUGGCAAAUCUGAAGGUGGUUCCCAAGGUCGACACUGGGUUUUGGAUCCUAUAGAUGGUACUAAAGGGUUUCUAAGAGGAGGUCAAUAUGCAAUAGCGUUAGCUUUGCUAGACAGAGGAAAAGUUGUUUUGGGUGUGCUGGCUUGUCCUAAUCUUCCACUAACUCCCAUCAAUGAUCAGCGUUCUCCAAAUAAUGAAGUUGGUUGUCUUUUCUUUGCCGAAGUUGGUGGAGGAUCUUACAUGCAGCCUCUUGAUGGUUCUUCAACGGUGAAGGUGCAAGUUAGUGGCGUUGAAAAUCCUGAAGAAGCAUCAUUCUUUGAGUCAUAUGAAGCAGCACACUCCAUGCAUGAUUUAUCUAGUUUAAUUGCCCAAAAACUCGGUGUUAAAGCACCACCAGUUAGGAUUGAUAGCCAGGCAAAAUACGGUGCUCUGUCCAGAGGAGAUGGAGCCAUAUAUAUGCGUCUACCUCAUAAAGGGUAUCGGGAGAAAAUAUGGGAUCAUGCUGCUGGGUGUAUUGUUGUGACUGAAGCUGGGGGUGUGGUCAUGGAUGCUGCAGGGAACCCUUUGGACUUUUCUAAGGGAAAGUUGCUUGAUCUGGACACAGGCAUCAUUGUUACCAAUCAGAAGUUGAUGCCAGUACUCCUUAAGGCAGUUAGAGAAUCCCUGGAGGAGAAAGCUUCAUCCUUGUGAUUCUUUUUACGAACAGGGUUUUAUCCUUUCCUCAUUUAAGCUUUAUGUUUGGGGGGAAUAAAUUUCCCUUGUUAAGCUGGUUGCAAACUUGAAUCAUCUGUAGCAUUUCUCUUAUUAAUCCCUGUCAUUAUGCUUUCCUCCUGUGGUUCCUAUUUUCUUCUCAGUGCAUGCAGUGUAGUAGGGUUGGCUCCUGGAUUCCAAUCCUCAUUGAUGUUGAAUACCUAAUAUAUUCGAGAAGAAAGUGCAAUUAAUGUUUCGGUGAUC